ACCAAUGUAGCGCAAUGUUCGUCAGAUUGACCAUCGUUAUUGCGGCAUUGUGCCUGUGGAUUGGAGUCGGAAGCCAAUUCAGUGAUAACACGCCACCCGUAAUGUGGAUAGACCGAAAUUUGAUACUUCUGGAUUCUGAGCCCGUUGGAAGUGUUGUGACCAGAGCUCGCGCCGAGGACAAUGAACAGGAUCAGUUAACUUAUGGUUUGGAAUCUCUUGGACAUAACUUCAAUGGAAACGACGAUCCGCAGCAAUCGCUACCCUUCUACAUUGACAAUAGCACUGGAAUUAUCUACGUUAACGAAACGCUCAAAGGCAAAGGAGGGCAGAACCUGUUCCUUUACGUGACCGUCUCCGACGGUCAGCUCACGACAAAGACCGAGGUCUACGUCACCAUCAAGAACACUUCAGGCCCCAAUGGAGGGCACACCAGGAACCCGUUUCCGGGUCAGCAUGUCUCUGCGGGCAGAAUACGGCCGCCUCUGCUGGGCCUGCCGAGCCUGCAGAGCUACCCCAGACCGCCAGGGCUGCCUCACACGUCGGUGAUAUCGUCGUCGCCAGUGGCGGUGCCGCCGAGUAUACCGAAAACGACCAAACUGCAGCCGGAGGAGACGAAACGUAACGAGGGUGAUGCCAGCGGUGGCUCCACCGGCGUACCCGAGUCACCUACAGAGGAAAACGAGGUCGAGGGGCCGCCGCUCAGCUCGAAAAUCACACCUGCCGAGGCACCGCCCUCCCAAGACAUAGCGAUGACCUUGGUACCUGUCACGGCGGUCUGCGUGCUCGUGGUGGGCCUCGGUAUGGGCGCUUGGUCCCUGCGGAAUAAAUUCUGUGGGACCAGGAAGUCCAAGGAAGACACGAAGGAACAAGCCUCGGUUAGCGUUUCGAAUAUAUCGGACGAUCCGUCCCUUGUUCUGAAAAGAUGGCGCGGUCCAAAAGCUCACAACAAUCGAUACGAGCCCUGGGAAAAAGAAAAUCAAACCGGCGCGCAGAACAAACAAGAAGAUAAAUGGGAAUUUCCACGGCAUCGGUUGAAGGUCUUCAACAUUCUUGGAGAAGGUUGCUUCGGUCAAGUUUGGAAAUGCGAAGCGUUGGAGAUCGAUGGGAAAUCUGGCGCGACGAUAGUAGCUGUGAAGACUUUGAAGGAGAACGCUACGGAAAGGGAACGAGUAGACCUAGCGCAGGAGUUACGGGUCAUGAAGAAUUUGAAUCCCCAUCCUAACGUAGUCAGAUUGCUAGGCUGUUGUACAGAACGCGAACCUAUGUUCGUAAUAUUAGAGUAUGUGAGCGGAGGUAAGCUACAGAGCUUCCUGAGAUCGUCCAGAGAAGAAAGGAACCAUGGAGGGCCUGGGUUAACGUCGAGGGACCUGACUGGAUUUGUUUAUCAGAUUGCCAAAGGUAUGGAGUACCUGGCCUCCAAAGGAAUCAUCCACAGAGAUCUAGCUGCGAGGAAUAUAUUGAUCGACGAGAACCGGGCGUGCAAAGUCGCGGACUUUGGGUUUGCCCGAGACGUUGCCGCCAAUCAAAUAUAUGAAAGGAAGUCCGAGGGUCGGCUGCCAAUCAGAUGGAUGGCUCCAGAGAGCUUGUAUGAUAAUAUAUUCUCUGUGAAAUCGGACAUAUGGAGCUUCGGUGUAUUAAUCUGGGAAAUCGUCACGUUGGGAUCCACACCUUAUCCAGGUUUAGCUGCAGCCGAGGUAAUGAGGAGAAUCAAAGAGGGUUACAGGCUGGAUAGGCCAGAACAUUGCAAAAGGGAACUUUAUAAUAUUAUGUAUUACUGCUGGGACAAGGAUCCAGCUGGUAGGCCAUCAUUCGGUGAACUCGUUGGCCUAACCGAAGGACUAUUGCUCGACGAGACAGACUACAUCGAGUUGGAUAGGUUCCCAGAUCAUUCGUACUAUAAUGUGCUCAAUCUCAGCGGCGAGAAAUUGUAAACGAUGUACCUAGAACACCAUCCUCAUCAACGUUUCUAAUUCUCCAAA